AUGCCAAACAGAGUUGAUGCAGAAUGCUUUCGGGAUAACUUAAACCUGGGCAAAGCAGGGGAUAAAUCUGGAAACGAACACGAAGAAGCAAAGCUUCAGAAUGCCAGCAAGCAGAUAGUGCACACCGCCAUUCAGCAGGCCGUAAAACAGCUCUCCCAGGAGAACCAGCAAAAGGCCAAGGGAACAAACAGCAGCGUCAGCCUGCAGCUCGAAAGAGGGGAAUUAACCAAGAAGCACGAAAAAAAGUAA